AUGGCGACCUUUGAUGACCUCCUGGAAGAGGCUGGGACUUUCGGCCGCUGUCAGAAGCGGAUCUUCGCCAUACUCUGUCUGUUGUCAAUGCCUUUUUCAGGUGUGUACGUCGGCAUCGUCUUCCAGGGUUUCACCCCCGAUCACUGGUGUAGGGACUCUGCGGUGGUGGAGAGGAGGCAGGCGUGCGGCUGGAGUCUGGCGGACAGUCGCAGGCUGAUGGUGCCGCUGGUCAACAGCUCCGGGGUGCUGCAGCACAGCAGCUGCGAGCAGUACGAGGUGGACUGGAAUGCCACGACGCUCACCUGUGACACACAGGAACUGAACCUGACCAAGGUUCCAGUUACCACAUGCAAGGAUGGCUGGGAGUAUGACUAUGAAGGCAGGAAGAGCUUUGUUACAGAGUUUAACCUGGUCUGUGCAGAUGCAUGGUUGGUGGAUAUGUACCAGUCCAUCCUCAAUGUGGGCUUCCUCGUUGGCAGCUUUGCUUUUGGUUACUUUGCUGACAGGUUUGGCAGGAGGAUCAGUUUCCUGAUGUCCAACAUACUGAACGUGAUCACAGGCGCUGUGCUGGCUGUGGCUCCAAACUACAUCUCCAUCCUGGUGGUCAGGUGCCUCUUUGGCUUCGCAGUCAAAGGAGGCUGGAUGACUUCAUAUGUGCUGCUCACAGAGAUCGUUGGAGUGGAUUACAGACGGACGGUGGGCAUAUUGUUCCAGAUGUUCUUCAGUGUCGGCAACCUCAUCCUGCCUCUGGUGGCCUACUUCAUCACUGACUGGCGCUGGAUGCAGGUCGUCAUCACUGCUCCCUACGUCCUCUUCCUGUCCUACUACUGGUUCAUCCCGGAGUCUCCGAGGUGGCUCAUCUCUCAGAGGAAUACUUCCAAAGCUAUGGAGAUCACUGAAGCUAUGGCGAAGGAAAACAAGAAGAAACUCUCCCAGAACUUGAAGACACUGACUGAUGAUGAGGGUGAUUCUCCUUCUGCCUCUUUGCUGGACCUUAUCAGAACUCCAAAUAUGAGGAAAUACACUUGCAUCCUCAUGUUCAACUGGUUCACCAGUGCUGUGGUAUAUCAGGGACUCAUCAUGCGGGUCGGAAUAACAGGAGGAAACGUCUACAUUGACUUCCUCAUCUCUGGCCUGGUGGAGUUCCCCGCUGCCUUCCUCAUCCUCUUCACAAUUGACCGCAUCGGCCGACGCCUUCCUUUUGCCUCCGCCAACAUCGUGGCUGGAGCUUCCUGCUUGAUCACUGCCUUCAUUCCCGACAGUAUGUUCUGGUUUAAGACGGUGGUGGCCUGCAUUGGUAGGUUGGGGAUCACCAUGACCUUUGAGAUGGUGGUGUUCGUUAACACGGAGCUCUACCCAACAUUUGUCAGGAACCUGGGAGUGUCCGUUUGUUCGACUCUGUGCGAUGUUGGAGGCAUCGUGGCUCCGUUCCUGCUGUACAGACUGGCUGCCAUCUGGCUGGAGCUGCCACUCAUCAUCUUUGGAGUGGUUGCGUUCAUCGCUGGAGGUUUGGUGUUGUUGCUGCCUGAAACCAAAGGAAUUCCUCUCCCUGACACCAUUGACGAUAUCGAGUUUCCAAACAGGAAAAAGGAGGAUGUUGUGGAGAACCAACAAACGAAGGCACUUUUAAAAUCAGACCUGGCAAACAACACGGAAACAACUGUGUGACGUUCUUUGACUGCAUGUGUGUGUAGAUUUCCC